AUGCAUCGAGCAGACGUUGCUUUGAUGUCAAGUAUGAAUUCCGAAGCUAGGAUGCGUGCAAACAUCCUCGGAGGGCCGCGGCUGCUUCCGGCAGCAGGCUUCGACGUCGACGCGGAUUCCUGCGGGUGCGUCGCGACGCCGGUGUUUCAACGACGUGGGAACCACGGAAUUGCGACGAACGGCUUCCCCGUGCGUGAACUAAUGCCUCUCUCUCUCGCGUCUCUGUCGCCGGAAGGUUGGCGCAGUUCGCUCCUCCAAAGGCCUCCAGCUCAAGUCGAUGGAACAUUCAGAACUUUCCGUGGAAUCUUUGAUCUUUAUUGGCGGGUUUGAACAAUCAACCUUGAUGAAGAGUAAUAGAACGAGAGACUUCUGAAUGUAGAAAUAUGAAAAUCCACGACGGUGACGUGACGUGCAAUUAAAUUGAUAUUGUUGCCGUUAUUUUACAAGCUAAGGCAAACGUAUUUUUGUACGGUAGAAAAAUGAAAUAUCAAUUUAACAUAGACUUUUACAAGUUACGAAUCAUCAUACCUUCUGUUUCGACGUAAACUCGUAAAAUUACAAAGAAGAAAUUCGCAACCGAUAUUAUUAAUUAAUAAAUUAACUGGAGGACAUAACCCAGGGCGUGGGCGGUGACGUGUCAGUCUGUUCAAACAACGACGCGAACCGCAAACAUUACGGCUGA